GUGUGCGUUCAUACACGCAGGAACGACGAGCAUGCAGGUCAAAUCAUUUGCCUUCACUGUUUGCUCUUUCUAAUACAAUUUAAAGGCAGUUUAUUGAGCACCGACGGAAUAUUUGUGGACUAAUAGUCACUAAUAGUCGAUCGGCCUUUUUGUGCUCUCUGGACUUCCGGAAGAAACUCGUCAGACUGCGACAUUUCCCCCAUAUGGUACCCUGAGGCCUCAGUCCAGCGUCAGGUAACAGUAGAAACAGCCACCAGAGGACGGUCUGGGCCGAGUGUUGUCCCUAUGGAGAGCACACCGUCCUGGACCAGUGGUCCCAUUGAUGAAGGGCCAUACCAAGAGCGAUCCGUAGACCCCGUGGAGAUUGAGAUCCAGCACUUCGGAGUGAGGCACAAAGUCAACAAGGAUGCCAACGGCAAUACGACCGGGCCGGAGACCGUAAGCUUUCUCCCCGUCAAAGAGGAGCCCGUCUCGGGGACGUGUAUGUGCGGACCUUGCGCUUCUGUGAGUAGCUGCAGGAAGCUCUUUUGUAGCGUUUUGACUUGUGGACUGUACCGCGUGUGCCGGCGCUUACCUUGUCUCGUUUCGAGCGAAAUCUCAGCUCCCAAAGCGCCGGUGGAGAACCAGUCAAGACCUCCACAGGCUGAGAACGGCUUCUAUUCCGACAUCCGCAUUGGUGGCGUCAAAGUGGACACAUCCGUCAUUGAAGAAGAUGAAGACCAUGUGUCGUUUUCCACUUCCAAACUCGAGAUGGACAGUCCGAUUUACUUCAGUAGCUUACCGGAGGAUGACUUAAUCAACGGCAGCGGGAUGGAAGACGUGGACAAACUCAUCACCCAGAAGCUCAUGGAGGUCUUCUCUGAGUUUGAGAUCAACGAGCUGGCCAAGUGCACCACGGACUCCAUGUUCCUGCGGCGUUCCCGGGAGAUCAGUCAGCUCAUCUCGGAUAUCGUGGAGGAGCACAACAUGGAGGAGCAGGAGGCCGAGUGCAGGCUGGUGCGAGAGAUCAUUCGCAUCAGCACGCGCAAGAGUAAGAAGAAGCCGCAAGUCAGACCGCAGGAGCUGCAGCGGGACAGCGGCAAUGACACCUGGAACAGCAAGAGGAACAGCCAGAAGAGCAGCUUCAAUUCCAUGAGCGAUGGAAAGUUGCAGAUUUCAAUGGAGAGGUCAGAUGACAUUGAAGCCAGGAAGUUACGCAACAACAGUAGCCAGUCAUUCUCUCCGAGUUUCCAGGAAACCGGUGUGCCGAUCACGUCGGACACCCCUUUACUCCCCAGCAGCAUACAAGCAUGAGAGCGUCUCAUCAGACAUGCAUCAUUUUCAUUUCCAGACGUCCAUAAACGAUGAAUACUUCAUCUCUGUGAAGAAUAUGUCCUCUGGCUUGGAGUCAGUGGGUGAUUUUGAAGUAUACCCCUAAAAAUUGUGAUUGCAUGGGUAGUUUUUAACAUAUCUGAAAUGGUAGGUGUAUUUAUGCUUCUAUUUCAUAUUUUCUUGAGAUGGAUGUGUGAAGUAUCUCAACACUGCUGUCCAGAAGACAAAAGCCAACAAAUGACUUGCUGAGAAUGAAGAAUAAGAAACAGUCUGACCUCUUUAUUGCCAACAGAUGCACAUAUACUGUUGGAGCAAUAUGGCUAUAAUAGGCCUUGAUUCUUUCAUAAUGAUUUAACUUGCCAUUCAUUUCUGCCUUUUAAAGAGAGAUUUCAUCCAAAAAUGAAAAUUCUGUCAUUUAUUAACCCUCGCGCCAUUCCAAAAUGGUAUAGAUUUCCUUCUUUCGUAAAACACAAGUGGUGAAUUAUUUGAGGAAUAUCAUGGCCACUCUUCAGUAUAUUGAAAGUAAAUGGAAACUCACAAAAAAAAGCACUUGUGUUGAUGGUUUGGUCACAACACAUACAAAACACAAUGGAUUUUGAAGACUUGUAAUAUAGCGAUAACACUACUUUUAUGAUAAUUUAAUGAUAUCCCCAAAGAUUGGCCGGAAUAUUCUUCAGAAAAUUAAGCUUUGUGUUCAAAGCAAAGGGUGUGCAGGGUGAGGAAAAAUGAAAGUUUUGUAAAUUUGUAAAUUUUUGACUUUUGAAUAGUGAACUGUUCCUUUACUGUUAAGAUGAAGAAUGUAUUGGUCGAGUGUUGGCACUUGAGUGAAGGUUUGGCUAUGUGAAGUUUGUUGGACAAAACAAAAUGCUUUGAGCCGGAAUGAAUGUUCGAAGAGUUUUAAAUGGGCCUGGGUGCUUAUUUAGACGUCCAUAGAAACAACAUAUGCACUUGCCGUAUGCAAAAUCUAGGAUAGCAUCUAAUCAAUGCUUUAUUUUCAUGUAUAUUUUAAUGGUGUAAUUUGUUAAGAAAAAAUGUUCUCUUAUGUAAGACUGCUAUGUUUGCUUAAAUAAUAAUAAAAUCUGUUGCUUGGUAAA